GAUUCAUAUGAAAUAUCAUCCUUCCUGUUUCAAAUGCAUAUAAGACACAAGAUAAACGAAUGUUACAUUCUACAAAAGUUUUACUGGUGUUGAAAACUAAAGGUUUUUCAAGAUCAGACGCAGCAAUGAAGCUCGCAAUCUUGAUUUUAUUUAUGAUUUCGGCAUCCAAGGCUAGACCUCCAUCUGAUUAUUGCCAUGAUAUUGCCAGAGGAACCGAGAGAGAAGAUGUCGAUCCUUUGGAUGUUAAUGAAUGCACAACUUGUGACAAAUACGUUCGCCUGGAGGGUCAAACUGCAACACCAUACGGUCCACCGGAACUUGACGAUGAAAAUCAAUUGGGAAAUCAGAUAACGUUUGAUUUGACAAAUCUUGAGGUUGUAUCAAGUAUAAAGAUUCAAAGAGAUUGUUCUUCUGAAUUUGAAAUUCUUUUCAAAUUGCUUUCUGGAUCAUUUGUGCCCUUCAAUGAUGGGGACGGAAACCCUAUGGUAUUUGACGGCAUCAGCGACACGUAUGGCAUGCAAAAAAUUGAACUCCCGAUCUACGUCGAAACAACAGCAAUUCAAGUGAAAGUAUUAGAUAGCAAUGGCCUCCCUAUUAAUGAUAUUCAAGUUUAUGGUUGUGGAGACGAAGAAAUUACAAAUGAUGACGAUUCAACUGCAGGAGCUCAUGAUGAUUCAAUAUUUGAGAUUUUUGAAUUAAUUAGACAAAUUUUCUGGUCUACUAAACCUGUCACCGAAUGUGAAGAAAAAUGCACAUAUUUCAAGCCACAUUCCUGUGAAUGCGAUCUAGAAAAAGAAAACCAGUAUGGGGAUCUCUAUGAAGGGGAUAUAAAGAGAACUCGGGAAACAGCAGAAAGUCUAAAUUAUGCAUUGGGAAUUGGUAAUUCACAAAGACAAAGAGGAGCUGCGAGAGGAAUGAGAGAUUGGAAAAACUUCAAACAAGGAAAUAGAUACAAAAUACCAUAUAAAAUUGAAACAACCUUGGGUAGCAAAGCAAGGAAUGCCAUUGCGGCUGCAAUCAAAGAAUUUCAAGAAAAAACUUGUAUUGAUCUCGUACCAGAAACAGACCCCAACCGGGAGAAAAUAGUUUUUGUCGGAAGAAAAGGAUGUUGGUCUCCAGUUGGUAAAAGUUCGAGACAAAAUACGGUGUCGAUAGGACCUGGAUGUGAAUACAAAGGAACUGUCGUUCAUGAGAUUAUGCAUUCGAUCGGUUUCUGGCAUGAGCAGAGUCGAAAUGAUAGAGAUAAAUUUGUUAAAAUUGUUUGGGAUAAUAUAAGCGAAGGACUGAAAUACAACUUCAAUAAGCAGGCAGCUAACAAGAUCAACUCUAUGGGAUCGCCUUACGACAAAAAAUCCAUUAUGCAUUACGGAGGAUAUGCUUUUGCAAUAAACAGAAGGAAACCAACCAUAUUAGACUUGUCUACUGGCCAAGCAGUGAGAGCACAGAGAGAGGCCAUGUCGGUGGAAGAUGCUAAGCAAAUCAACAGUUUGUACCCAUGUAAUGCAGAACCAACAAAACCGAAACCAAAACCGAAACCAAAGCCGAAACCGGUUUCAUCUUGUAAAGAUAGAGCUAGCAAUUGCAGUGAACUUACGAAUUACUGCAGUUAUGCUAUGGUGAAGAGGUACUGCCGUAAAACAUGCGAAAUUUGCUAAAAGAGUGACAUUAUCACAUCAAGCGAUUAUUUACGGAUGACUUUUUGGUUUAUAAAUCUAUCGUCCUGUAACCAACUUUUUAAAAAUUUAGUUAAAUAUUAAUAUUAUUUUGUUCUUUAGUCUAUUAUAAAACUUUUAUUACAUGUAUAGAAAUGAAACCUACGAAGUAUAAGUUUUAAUCGGGUUGAUCCACACCAUAACCAAAACGAUUGCUUGAUGUUAUAUAAUCACCAACAAUGACGGAUGGACUGGAUAACGAUAACGAAAUUUUCUAUCUUAUGAAGUAAUUUUAUUAUUUUUGCUUCUGUAAAAUAUUUCCAAUCAUAAACUCAUUAAGAGUAGAUGAUGGUUUGUUCUAUUCUGACCCUAUAUAUAUUCAAUAUAGGAGGAUUAUCGAGUUUAAUUUUAUCGCCGUAUAUUUAAUAACAUUGCUAUAUUCAAAAUUAUCCAAAUUUAAGAUUUUCAUCUCAAUUCAACGUCAAACAAAGCGAUACUUUGUAAUAUAUCAAUAAGGGCAUAUUGAAUGUCAUAUUAUGAUUAAUGAGAUUCAACUGUCAUAAACUCAUCUUCAGUGUGAAUAAAACAUAACAAAUAUUGGA